UAGCUGCAAAUAUAUGACGUGACAUUCUGUCGUCUCUGUCUGUUGUCUGUGUUUCUAACCUGGGCAGAGCAGAGUAUUUACGCUCAAUUGUCAAACGAAUGUUGUUAUCAAAAUAAUCAAAGCACCUAUCGUUUGAUGUACUAAUUAAAUCCGUACUUUAUUUAAUAUAACUUAAAAAUAAUGAGGAGUUGAAAUUAAACGUCAAAUUUCUUUUUUUUUUUUAAGCCAUGAGCGGCACCCGGCUCGGAAGAGGCCGCGGCGGCCGUCUAGCUGUCUACGCAGGCUGUGGGAUCGUUGUAUUUCUUCUAGUAUUUUUAUAUCGUGCCGCUACUACGGAAAUGACAAGACUCAGAGAGUUACAUGUACAGUGUACACAUCAGCAAGAAGCUUUAGAUGCUCAACUUCAAGUUAUAUUCGAGUACAAAGAGAGAUUAGAGAAGUCAUUAACCGAAGAGAAAAAUUCAAACGCCGCUGCAAAACAUGAUCUCCAAGAACGUGCCAACCGUGAAAGAUCUCUUAGAGAUAAAGAUGGUCUGGAAGCAUUGCAGAGAUUCAAUUCACUCCACCAAGAGCACAACCUUUUAAAAUCCGAGCAUCAGGACUUAAGGGACCAGUGUGAAAAAACCCAGAAGCAGGCGCUGGAAGACAAAAAUCGUCUGGAGACGACCCUCCAGGAACUGAGGAGUCAAAUUAAAAAAGCGCGAGAGGACAAAAUCCACUCUCUUGAGCAUUUGAAGACCAAAUACAUGGAACUUGAAACCAACAAAACUAAAGUCGAUGAAAAAUAUAGAGAUUUAUUGAAGAACUUCGGGAACACCGACAGUACCAUUGAACAUCUACGCAAAGAAGUCUUUCAGUUAAACCGCGAGCUUGAGGAGACCAAGUUGUCCUGCAAACCGUCGUCUACUGCAGCGGAUCAGAAACGCGAAAACAAGGCCGUGGAAUCAGUAGGCCAGCCUACUGUUGAAAAAGAUAAGAAGGAAAUAGCACAGCAACAAGCGGCACCGUCUCUUCAACAGAUAAAUUUAGUCGUUAACGCAGCGAAAGAAUUGACGGUAGGAAGUUCAACAAAAUCAAGUACAAACUCUUCCUCGAUAAUGUCUUCCGAUAAAUUACUCCCGAAUGCUGUCGUGGCGCCUGUUAAAUCUGUUCCACGUGGAAAAUUGCCCGUUGGCGUACUGCCAAUUCCCAAGUUUGUCGAUCAAAAGUUUGAUCGAGAAGAAUUUAAAAAAAUUAAUCCCAAUAGGAUUUCGCUGGGCGAUGACACCAAGAAUAAAAAUAUUAAUAGUAUUGAUGAUGUUAAUAAUAAUAAUAAUAAUAAUAAUAAUGUAAACAAUAAGAAUAAUGUGAGACAAACAAAAAAUUCAGAAGAGGUACCUGGUAAUAUUGAGCGCGAUGCUGACAAGCACGUAGCUGAUCAAAUCCUUGGGAGACAAGAAAAUCCUCCUUGGUAUAGAGUUAAGCCUGGCGUUCAAGAAAUUGGAGACGAACCUAAUCAUCUAAGAAAGCUGCCUGAGCAUGACGUAGCAUUACAACAAGGUGAUAAUGAACAGUAUGAUAACGGUGACUACUAUAAAGAACCACAACAAAAAAAUAGUGAUAUUAAUUUAGAAGAAGGCGAAGAAGAAGAAGAGGAAGAAGAAGAUGGUGACGAAGAGCCAUUCGAUUACCAAAAUAAUGCUGCGGAUAAACAUAAAUAAUAACAACUGUAAUAUAAAUAUAUAAAUAUAUAUAUAAAGAUAAAAAAAAACUAGGGGAAAAGCAUUCCAAUCGAUAAAGCGAAUGAUUGUACAUAAAAUAUUAUUUUGUCAAGCCUUCUUGAGACUAUUUCUCAUUAUUUAGAGAUAAAUUAUUUGAAUAUAAAUAAUACUAGAUUAUAGCGGAAUAUAAUCAGAGAAUAAUAAAUAAUAUAGUAUUUUUUAUAUAGUUCGGAAAAGACUACGACUGAACCUAAUUUUAGUUUAAAUUAAAUUUUUCCUGAGGAAUUUUUACUAACGCGUGUUUUUUAUAUUUAUUAAACUUGAAAAAAAAAAUUAGAUUUUAAAUAUAUGUCUAUUUAUUUAUAAACCCAGACGGAAUCGAUCAGUAUAAUUUUUAAAAGUUUUAUUUAAU